CAAACUUGUCGAUUUUUUAAAAGAAAAAUUAUCUUCAAAAUCAUUUCAAAAAACAUCAAACAAUGGCAUCAAAAAACAGUCAACAACCGAAAAAAGUUGAACUAAACAUAAACGAUAUGAAUCUGUAUCAGAUAAAUGCAAUCAAACAACAAUUGGAUCAGGAAAUUGAGAUUCUUGAGAAAUCAAUAGUUGAUUUGCAUAAUGCAAAAACAAAAUUUGUUGGUUGUUAUGAAACAGUUGAAUCAUUCGAUAAACUACCUAAUGAUAAUCAAAUAAUGGUUCCUUUAACACCAUCACUUUAUGUACCAGGUCGUACAGUAAAUAAUAAUGAAUUCCUGUUGGAUAUUGGUACUGGUUAUUAUAUUGAACGUGAUCGUAAAUCAACAAUCGAUUAUUUUAAUCGUAAAGUUCAAUUUUUAAAUACACAAAUGGAUAAAAUUGUUAAAUCGAUGCAAGAAAAAAGUGCCGUUCGACAAAGCUGUCUUCAACGACAACAACAAUUGAUAAUGGCACAAAUUGCUGCUCAACAACAACAACAACAACAAUCAUCUGCAACAGGCCAACCAAAACAAAUACCGAUGGCCAAAUCAUAAUCCAUUAAUUUGAUUCAUAUUAUCUCCUAUUGCAUUAAUGAAAAUAAUACGAUUUUUUUAAAAAACCAAAUAAAAAACAAAACAAAUUGUUUUAAA